CCUUGCGUUUAACUUAGAAAAAAAGAAAGGGGAAAAAAACUGUCAUUUAUCACAUACCUCUUCCCCUAAAUUUCGGGUUUUUUAUUCUCUCAAAAAAAUGUUGGUUAUUUGCAAAAGUAUAUGUACCGAGUUUGAUCAAAAGUUCACAAUUAAAGGGGCCUCUUGUGAAACACUCCAAAGACUAGAGAUUUAUGUGAGCUAAACAAAAUUUAGAAGGGUUACAUGAUACACACCCAAAAGUUGACGAGGGUUUUGUGAAUUAAAAGACGGUCACCGAUAAAAGAACAAAAACCUUUUUAACACCACAAGUGCGGAUUCAAAUGAAUCAAUUCCCUCUCAUUAAUAGCCCCCUCCAAACAUUCCGCGCCCUCCUAAAAUCCUGCAUCUCCGGCCGCAACCUCGUCUCCGGCGCUGCCCUGCACGCCCUCUACAUCAAGUCCUUCGUUCCCCAGUCCACCUACGUCUCCAACCACUUCGUCCUCCUCUACUCCAAUUGCAACUCCCUCUCUCUCGCCAACCAACUGUUCGACGAAAUCCCCCACCCAAAUGUUUUUUCCUACAACGUCCUCCUCAACGCCCAUGCUCGCCUCUCCACCUCAGGAGAUUCUUUGACCGCUCUCUUUCGUCGAAUCCCGGACCCUGAUGUUGUCUCCUACAACACCCUUCUCUCUGCUUUUGCGGUCGGUGGUUGGAGCGACAAUGCGGUUGAUUUGUUCAAUGAAAUGAGGAAAAGGGAUUUGGAUUGUGAUGGGUUCACGUUGUCAUCAGUGAUAUCGAGUUUGAAUGGCAGUGGGGUCGAGCAAUUUCAUGGGUUGGUGAUGGUUUCAGGUUUGGAUGUGUAUGUGUCUGUUGGGAACGUGUUAAUGAGCUCUUAUAGCAAAAUGGGAAUGUUGAUGGAGGCUGAGAGAGUGUUUGAAGGGAUGGGCAAUGAGAAGAGAGAUGGAGUUUCUUGGAAUUGUAUGAUUGUGGCUUACGGGCAGCAUCGUGAAGGAUUGAAGGCUUUGAGCUUGUUUCAGGAAAUGGUCCAUAGCGGCUUUGACAUUGACAUGUUCACCCUAGCGAGUUUGUUGACAGCAUUUACGAGUGUGAAAGAUAUAAGGGGUGGUGCCCAGUUCCAUGCCCAACUAAUCAAAACCUCGUUUGAGCGCAAUUCUCAUGUAGGCAGCAGUUUAAUCGAUCUCUACUCCAAAUCUCGUGAAAUUCUCAAUGCUAAGAAGGUGUUUGAAGAAGUAAACGAACCAGAUUUGGUCGUUUGGAAUACAAUGAUCUCGGGCUACUCUUUAAAUGGUGAAUUCUCUGAGGAGGGUCUUCAUUGCUUUAUACAGAUGCAACGAGCUGGGUUUAAACCUGAUGAUUGCACUUUUGUUUGUGCCAUCAGUGCAUGCUCGAACCUCUCAUCUCCAUCACAAGGACAACAAUUGCACAAUUUAGCAAUGAAGACAAAGUUCCCUAGCAGUCUGAUAGCAGUUAACAAUGCUUUGAUUUCUAUGUACUCAAAGUGUGGAAAACUCAAUGAUGCUGAGAAGAUCUUCAGUAGGAUGCCAGAGCGUAACACUGUCUCAUUCAAUUCUAUGAUUGCUGGUUAUGCUCAGCAUGGGCUUGGAAAUGAAGCAUUGGAUCUGUUUCAAGAAAUGCUUGAAUUGAAGAACUCUCCUACAAGCAUCACAUUCAUCUCGGUGCUCUCAGCUUGUGCCCACACUGGGCGAAUCGACGAAGGCUUGGGCUACUUCAAUUCAAUGAAAAAUAUAUAUGGCAUUGAGCCGGAGGAGGAACAUUAUUCUUGUGCUAUUGAUCUCCUAGCUCGUGCUGGGAUGUUUCUGGAAGCUGAGGAGCUGAUCAACUCAAUGCCGUUUGACCUAGAUACAAUCGGUUGGGCUGCAUUGCUCGGUGCAUGUAGGACUCAUGGUAAUCUCAAAUUGGGUGCUAAGGCAGCAGAGGAGCUUCUCAAGCUUGAACCCUCAAAUGCUGCUGCAUAUGCAAUGCUCUCAAAUUUGUAUGCCACAAAAGGGAAAUGGGAUGAGGUUGCUUCAGUUAGAAAGCUGAUGAAAGACAGAGGAGUACAGAAAAAACCUGGAUGUAGUUGGAUCGAAUUGAAUAGAAAGGUCCACAUAUUUGUUGCUGAUGAUGUUUCUCACCCAAAGAUAAAGGAGGUUUAUAUGUUCUUGGAGGAGAUUGUGGAGAAAAUGAAGGCAGCCGGGUAUGUGCCUGAUCUUAGGUGGGCAAUGGCCAAGGAUGAUUCUAGAGAGGGGGAGCUGAGACUAGAGCAUCAUAGCGAGAAGCUUGCGGUCGCUUUUGGGUUGAUUAGUACUCGAGAUGGGGAACCGAUAUUGGUUGUGAAGAACCUUAGGAUAUGUGGUGAUUGCCACACUGCGAUUAAGUUUAUUUCCAGGAUAACAGGGAGGGAGAUUACAGUGAGGGAUGCACAUAGAUAUCAUUGUUUCAGGGAGGGGAGUUGUUCUUGUGGGGAUUAUUGGUGAUUGCCUCAAAUUACAGUGACACAACUAAUCGUCAUUUAAUAAUCUUGACUGAAUUCUUCAUGAUACGUAUUGAAUGUUCGAAAAAUGGUGAGCAAAG